CCAGCACCGCGCCUGGUUUAUCAAGAAAACCUCUAUAAAUAAGAAGAGGGCAUACCAGUGGUAGCCUGAUCUCUUCAAGCUGCAACAAUGGCUGAAGAAGUGAAGCUGUUUGGCAUGUGGGCAAGCCCUUUUAGCCGCAGAAUUGAAGUGGCCCUCAAGAUGAAAGGGAUUCAGUAUGAGUACAUAGAAGAGGACUUGUCCAACAAGAGUCCUUCGCUUCUCAACUAUAACCCAGUCCAUAAGAAAGUCCCUGUGCUUUUGCAUAAGGGAAAGCCAGUUGCAGAGUCACUUGUAAUCCUGGAGUACAUUGAUGAGACCUGGAAACAGAACCCCAUCUUGCCUGCAGACCCUUAUGAGAAGGCCAUGGCACGGUUCUGGGCUAAGUUCUUAGAUGAGAAGCUCUGGCCGGCAGCAAAAAAGGUUGUGUUGAGUAAGGGAGAGGAGCAUAAGGGACUGAUUGAAGAAAUCCAGGAGCAUCUGAAAACUCUAGAGAGUGAGCUGAAAGAGAAGAAAUUCUUUGGAGGGGAGAGUUUGGGAUUUGUAGACAUAGCUGCAAACAUUAUAUUUUGGCUGCUUGUUGUCCAAGAAACUCUGGGACUGGAUAUGCCCAUGUUCGUAGAGAAGCUGUGCGUCAGGCGGUGAUGAUAGCCAAUAAUGGAGAAGAGGCGGCUGGAGCAGUGAUGGCUUCACGAAGCCUCAAACAAGGGCCCUCCACUGCAGCCCACUCUCUGUCAUUGAAUGGAAAAUUUUCUAAGUCAAAUGGCCCAUCCAAUGACAUGAAAUGCUCUCAUUGUGGAAAUUCGAAGCAUACUCGAGACACAUGCUUCAAACUACAUGGCUACCUAGAUUGGUGGCAUGAAUUACAAGCCAAGAGGCGACGAGAUGGGAAUGGGAAUGAUGGUGGAGCCAGCAAAAAUGCAGCUAAUGGCACAGGCAAGGCCGCGAUAGCCUCGGCUGAGUCCCAAUUGUCACUUAUUCCAACAACAACAGUUGAUUUGGAUACAGGUAUGAGUUUUCUCGGGACCAAUACCAAUGAAUCAUAUGAUGGUUGGAUUCUUGAUUCAGGAGCGACAGACCACAUGACGUAUGAUGCAAGUGAUUUUUCUGAACGAUCCUCUCCUCGGCGUACUAGCAUUGCUAAUGCUAAUGGGGACAUCUCUUUGGUAAAAGGGGCUAGUAUAGUGAUGAUAUCACCAACUCUCUCCUUAACCAAUACCCUUUUUGUACCCUCAUUGUCUCAUAAAUUAUUGUCAGUGAGCCAAGUCACGAAGGAGUUAAAUUGUAUUGUUAUAAUUUAUCCAACCUUUUGUCUUCUUCAAGAUAUUCUCACCAAUGAGAUAAUUGGGCAUGGUACUAAAAAGGGGGGGCUCUACUAUAUGGAAGAUUUUAGCAUCGGUCAAGCUAACCAUACAAGAAGCUCUAGUGAUCGAAAUAAGGCGAACAUUUUGUUGUGGUAUCGUCGGUUAGGACAUCCUUCAUUUGGAUAUUUGAAACUUGUAUUUCCUGCUUUAUUUUCGGGUUUGUCGAAUUUGGAUUUUAAAUGCGAGACAUGCAUCUUAGCUAAAAGUCAUCGUGUUAGUUAUCCUUUGAGUUUUAAUAAGAGUCAGAUGCCUUUUGAAUUGAUUCA